CAUGCAUGCAGGGCCGCCUUGGCUGCCGCUCGCUGCUACAUCCUGGAAGAUGCAGCAGCGGUCUCUGACUCCGGCGGCAGGAAUAGUGCAUGAGCGGACUCACUCAGUAUAUCUCCGGAUUCAGCGAGGCUGGCUUUAGACUAGAAGAGAAAGAUAACGGUGCUGAAUCUGGUGAUGAUGAUGGUGAGGAUGACGAUGCUUCGUUGGCCAACUUUACACACGGUCUACGAUAAGAAAGAGUGAGAAGAGAAGCUUAUGCGAAAGGGAAGGCUGUCAGUUUUACUGUAUAUAUUUUUUCUUUAUUAUAAUGGUGGAUGCAUGGACAGUCACACAGAGCCUAGGCUGACAACUGAGAACAACGUGGCUGCCCAACAUCGUGAAUAUUACAGCCUCCUGCAUUGCACCAUGACCUUGGACGCACAAACGCUGAUUAGUGGAGGUUCAGUCAUUAACGCUGAAGCAGUAUGGGAUCAUGUCACCAUGGCCGACCGGGAGUUGGCGUUUAAGGCUGGGGACGUCAUCAAAGUUUUGGAUGCAUCUAACAAGGACUGGUGGUGGGGGCAGAUUGAUGAUGAGGAGGGAUGGUUUCCUGCCAGCUUUGUCAGGGUUGAACCCCAUCCCCCGCAACUUCAAACAAAACAAGUUUUCUAUCUCAACCCUAUAGCAACCCCAAGAGUUCAAAAUACGGCUGCAAAGCCUUGGGUGAACCAGGAAGAUGGAGCCGUGGAGACUGCAGAAAACACAAGUGAGGUGCAAAACGGCCAUCUGGACUCCAGCAAUGACUGCCUGUGUGUGGGCCGACCACUCCAGAAUCGCGAUCAGAUGAGAGCCAAUGUGAUCAAUGAGAUAAUGAGCACAGAAAGACACUACAUCAAGCACCUGAAGGACAUAUGUGAGGGCUAUCUGAAACAGUGCAAGAAAAGAAGAGAUAUGUUCAGUGAUGAACAACUAAAAGUCAUAUUUGGGAAUAUCGAAGACAUCUACAGAUUUCAACUGGGAUUUGUUCGAGAUUUGGAGAAGCAAUACAACACAGAGGAACCACAUCUCAGUGAAAUCGGCCCUUGCUUCCUAGAACAUCAAGAUGGCUUCUGGAUUUACUCUGAAUACUGCAACAAUCACCUGGACGCGUGCAUGGAGCUGUCCAAGCUAAUGAAGGACAGCCGAUACCAGCACUUCUUUGAAGCCUGUCGUCUCCUGCAGCAAAUGAUCGACAUUGCCAUUGACGGUUUUCUGUUAACACCGAUUCAGAAGAUCUGCAAAUAUCCACUGCAGCUGGCGGAGCUGCUGAAGUACACUGUCCAAGAGCACAGUGACUUCCGUUAUGUUGCCGCAGCUCUGGCUGUCAUGAGGAAUGUCACUCAGCAGAUAAACGAGCGCAGGAGACGACUGGAGAACAUUGACAAGAUCGCUCAGUGGCAGGCUUCUGUUUUGGAAUGGGAGGGGGAUGACAUUCUGGACAGAAGCUCUGAGCUGGUUUAUACCGGGGAGAUGUCCUGGGUUUACCAACCCUAUGGGAGGAGUCAGCAGAGAGUUUUCUUUCUCUUCGAUCAUCAGAUGGUUCUCUGCAAAAAGGACUUGAUACGCAGAGAUGUCCUUUACUACAAAGGUCGCAUCGAUAUGGACAGGUAUGAAGUGAUCGACACAGAAGAUGGCAGGGAUGAUGACUUCAACGUUAGCGUUAAAAAUGCCUUCAAGUUGCGCAACAAGGACACUGAGGAAAGCCACAUCUUCCAUGCCAAAAAGCUGGAAGAGAAGAUUCGAUGGCUCAGAGCUUUCCAAGAGGAGCGAAAAAUGGUCCAAGAAGAUGAAAAAAUAGGUUUUGAAAUUUCGGAAUAUCAAAAGCAACAAGCCGCCAUGACAGUGCGAAAAGUAGCUAAACAGAAAGAUUCAUUUAUAGAUAUCAUCUUGAGAAAGAUGGACAUUUUUUAUGGACAUGGUAUGAAAAAGAUAAAGGUAUAUUAAUUUACCAUGAGAGUAUUAUAUAUAGUGGGGGUCGCCCAUCAAUACUUCAGUCAUGACAUCAGGGAAACAUUGGAUUUGUGAAAAAUCAACAUCAAAUGUAGAAGCAAAUAAUAAUACUAGUAAUAAUUUGGCACAUUUAGCAUCACUUUGAUCAUCAUAUAUUCUGAAUGGAUUGAGUGGAGGAGCAAUGAAUUUGAACUAUUUUAAAUAGUAUUUUGUGUCCAUUGAACCUGUUUGAUAAAAUACAGAAAAUGCUAAACAAAUAUAAUAAUAUACUCACUAUUUGUUUAUUAGUCCAUGACAUUAGAAUAGGUAACAAUGAAACUGAAUAUUCAAAUUAUUCAAAUUCACUUUAACCUAUGAAAAUUGUACACCUAUGUAUCUUUUAAAACUGAGUUUCAUGACUGUCUACGUAAAGGAAGCAAUUUCAAGCAAAACUUAACUCCCCUUCAUUCUAUAGUGCCUACAACACGUAUCUUUUUAAAUGAUUUACAUAAUGUUUUUAUUAGUCUUCUUGUGUUCAAUUUCAAUAAUGCCUAUUAAGUUCAGGUAAUGUAAAUUGCUCUGCAAAAAAUUCAAACACUCUUGAAGUCUGAGCUUGGGGAAAACAAAACAUUGUCCCAUCAGCAUGGCUGCAGAAUUUGUAUUUUAUUACCAUUUCAAAAGUAUCAAGUGCUCCAAAAAUGUGAGUGAUAUUGCACAAUAUCUUUGUGAUUCUUUUGUCCUUUAGUUUAAAGAAAUGCAGUUACUUUUAAUAGAAGCUUAUUGUUUACACACACAGUUUAGAUAACUAAUUAUGACUGGGAAUUGGGGGAUAGUGCAAAAGCAUUAGUUCAGUUGGGCUGUCUGUAGAUUGAUGAAAACAUUGCAGUGGUAACUGAUCAACUUCAAAAUCAAAAAAACAGGCCGACGUCUUUUUUGUGAUACGCUAAGUAGUAUGUUUUAUGGAUGUUUUACCUAGUUCCACUGGAAUGCGAUCUCGUUUUCUGGGGUCCUACUCGUCUUAGAGUAGUUAGAUAAUUAGAUAACCAGUUGUUAAAAAUGAAUAAAUAGAAAAUCCAUGCCUGAAUAUUGAGGAAAUUAAAAUAUCCCUGCCCUUAUGUCAUUUUACAACAUGCCAAAAGGAGAUAACGAACAGUUUCAUAUUUUUUACGUGUGCUGUGAUCAGAUUGGGCAGAAUUGUUUUCUCUGUUAAUAAUUUCUAAUAUGUGGAUUUACAUAUCGCAGAUAAAUUUCUUCUCUAUCUAGACUCCCUUUACAUUUUUUAAUUUGUUUAGCUAAAACCUUAAACAUAUUUCUAUUAAUACAUAUUAAUACAUGUUCAUCUUGAAGCAAUUUUUGCAAACAAUAAUGGAAUGAUUGGCGGCCCCUGUUGUAGACAGUAAAUUACCCUGCUUAUAAAACUUUGCUUAAUCAAGAUGCCAUGGCAGCUGUUGUUUAGUCUGAGAAAUUCAUUCUCCACACAGAGACACACUCAAGUACAUUAGGUAUCUACAGCUUUGUUGGGACUCUCCAGUCAUUUCUAUGGGCAUAGCCUUAUUCUCAACUAUGGCAACCUUAACCCCUACUAUAGCCCUUAACCUUAACCACAAGUAAGUAACCUUAGCCACAAGUAAGUAACCUUAACCAUAAGUAACCAAAACAGAUACAAGACUUUUGGCAUUUUUUUUUUUUUUUUAAUCUAAUUCUAAUAUUUUUAUAAAAUGGAGUGUCCCAUUGCUGAAAAAACAUCUGCUCAAGGUCAAAACAACAGGCUUACAUCACGUCAUGGGGACAUUAGGGACACCUAGGCUUGGCUUCUCAGACCCCUGUUAUUCUCAAUUUCCCCUGAUACCUGACGUAGCAUGUGGGAAAUCUUAUCAUGCAAAUAAUGUCAUCAGUUUCAUAUAUUAAACGCUGAGUUGAACAAAACUGGAAAGUAACUUAAAUUUAUGUAGGCGCAAUACGUGUACAGUAUGAGUAAAUGUGUACAGUUUUGUUACAAUUUUAAAUAUAAAUUUAGUGGAAGUUACGACAAAUGCUAACCCUCAAAAACUUCUGAAUAAUAUACUUUUAAGAUGCCAUGGCACCUUUUAGACUUUUUGGUUAAUAGUGUACAUAGUUCACUUUUGUGAUUAUUUUUUAAGUAAUAAUCCAGAAGUGAAUGCAGAAAAGCGUCAAGAAACACACAGAAUAUUUUAUGUAAUGAUCCUUUACCACUGAAGCAUUGCUUUUUCCUCUGUGCCCUGCAACACUGAAGGUGUCUACUGACAUACGAUACUAAGUAUUGUAAUCAAAAUUUGCCUAAAUGCUUAUUUGUCUGUUUCUUUGACGAUUUUCCACCAUAUACAGUAUAUAUACAUAUAUGGAAACACCAUAUAUAUAUAUGGGUGCAUAUAUGCAUACAUUUAAAUUAGUAAUAACAGCGUUCUUUUUGGUCUUUUUCUGGCUCUGUCUCUUUUUCUACACGUCUGCUUCUUUUCCUUCUUCAAAUCCAGGUGUAAGUCAAAGCAGACCAACGCCUCCUUUUUAUGCCUCACCUGUGAACACCAUGGAUCCAGGACAGUACGUGGUACCAGGCAGCUUGGCACAAUCAGAAAUUUUUGAAAUCAAUGAUUUCAAAAGGAGCC